UGGAGACUGGUGGUCCCUCCUGUCAUUUUUCCAGCAACCACCUGUGUUCAGAAGCUGGAGAUGGCCCCCUCCAGCCGGCUGCACCCGUCCAUCCCACGGCCCAGGGGUCGUGGCACCCAGAUGGCAGCCCUGGUCCUGCUGAGCACCUGUCUGGUGUUCCUUUGGUGUCUGGGGGAGCCAUUAGACCACACUGCUUCAUGGCUGACAUUCCACCUAGUGUCCCUGCAGCUGGGGCUCCUGAUGAAGAAGGCGUGCCUGCUGGCCGAGGAGCAGCGCCAUGUCCACUCCAGGUACCAGGGCCGCUACUGGAAGGUUGUGCAGGCCUGUGUGGGCUGGUCUUGCCACCACGGACUCAUCUUGCUGUUGUCCUGUUAUCUCCACUUCUCCCACUUCAACAAAAAUGGCCUGGCUUUUGCUAAGAUGCUUACCCACCUGGGCCUCUCACAGACAAUGCACAUCUUCCUGAACUUCCAGGACCUGUCCCCAGCUGAGGUCUCUGCAGUCUGUGAAAAGGGGAACUUCAACGUGGCCCACGGGCUGGCAUGGUCAUAUUACAUUGGGUAUCUUCGGCUGAUCUUACCAGGGCUCCAGGCCCGAAUCCAAUCGUUUAAUGAGCAACACCACAACGUGCUAAAGGGCAUUGGGGGCCAACGGCUGCACAUCCUCUUCCCGUUGGACUGCGGGGUACUUGAUGACCUCAGUGUGGCUGACCCCAACAUUCGCUUCCUGAACAAGCUGCCCCAGGUGAGCGCGGACCGCGCUGGAAUCAAGCACCGGGUCUACACCAACAGUGUCUAUGAGCUGCUGGAGCACGGAGCGCGGGCAGGCGUCUGUGUGCUGGAGUACGCCACCCCGUUGCAGACCCUGUUUGCCAUGUCACAGGACAGUCGAGCCGGCUUUAGCCGGGAGGAUCGGCUUGAGCAGGCCAAACUCUUCUGCCGGAAGAUGGAAGACAUCCUGGCAGAUGCCCCCGAGUUUCAGAACAAGUGUCGCCUCAUUGUCUACCAAGAGCCUGCAGAGGGAAGCAGCUUCUCGCUGUCCCAGGAAAUUCUCCAACACCUGAGACAAGAGGAAAGGGAGGUUCCAGUGGGCGAUGUCAGGAGCUCGGAGGAGACCAGUCCCUCCCUGCCUAGUACCUCCUCGCUGUCUCAAGAGCCCAUGUUCCUCAUUAGUGACAUGGAGCAACCUCUCCCACUCCGCACGGAUGUCUUCUGAGGCCCAGAGUCACCUUGCACGAGUGUCAAGGAAUCCCCACAAUGUGGCCUGUGGACUGGUCGGCGGUGGAAGGCCCAGUAGAGCCAUUUCCUCCUUCGGGGCGCCAGGCAGAGAAGCGCUCUGCACCAGCGAUGAGCCCCCAUGAUCUUGGGCAAGUCAUGGCUCCUCUCUGAGCCUCCGUAUCUUCACCUGUAAAAUGGUACGGUAAUUGAUGCUCUUCCUGUCCACCAAGCUGGUGGUGAGGGCUACGUAUGGAAGGGUUUGAUCAAUUGCAAAUACGAGGCAAACUUCAGAUA